AUGGUCGGAGAGAUCGAGAUGCACUCCCGUCUCAUCUGGUGGGUGAUAGAGGCACUGUCACCGUCCCUUCGCCCACUCGAAGAGUCCGUCACUCCCAUUUCCUCAAAGGCUCAAACAACACGCUCGCACUCAACGCAUUGCCCAACCAUUUCGAAUCGCUUCUUGGCGGAAUCUCUUAUCUUCCCACAACAACCAUGGAAGCCUCAGCUCUCUCCCGCAUAGGUCUCGCCGGCCUCGCCGUCAUGGGCCAAAACUUAGCUUUGAACAUAGCCGAUAAGGGCUUCCCCAUCUCCGUCUACAACCGCACCGCCUCCAAGGUCGACGAAACAGUCAAUCGGGCUCGGCAAGAGGGUCAACUCCCCUUAACUGGCCAGUAUAACCCCAAAGACUUCGUCCUCUCUAUCCAACGCCCCAGAUCGGUCAUCAUCCUCGUCAAAGCCGGUUCGCCAGUUGACCAGACCAUCGCCGCCCUUUCCUCGCACAUGGAGCCCGGUGACACCAUCAUUGAUGGCGGCAACGAGUGGUACGAGAACACCGAGCGCAGAAUCCAAGAGGUCUCCGGAAAGGGUCUCCUGUAUCUCGGGAUGGGCGUAUCGGGGGGCGAAGAAGGUGCCCGUAACGGGCCCUCUCUCAUGCCCGGGGGAUCUUAUCAGGCCUACUCCAACAUCCAAGAGAUCCUCGAAAAGAUCGCCGCUCAGGUCAAAGACGACGGGCCGUGCGUCACCUACAUCGGCGAAGGCGGGUCUGGGAACUUCGUGAAAAUGGUCCACAACGGAAUUGAGUACGGCGACAUGCAACUCAUUUCGGAGGCGUACGACGUGUUGAAAAACGUUGGGGUAUCGAACCAGGAACUCUCGGAGAUAUUCGCGGAGUGGAAUAGAGGGGAAUUAGAGAGUUUCUUGAUUGAGAUUACCGCCGAUAUAUUCAGGGUUAAGGACGAGUAUGGAGAUGGGGGUUUGGUGGAUAAGAUUUUGGACAAGACGGGAAUGAAAGGGACCGGGAAAUGGACUGUCCAACAAGCAGCGGAGCUGUCCGUCGCUGCUCCGACUAUUGCUGCAUCUUUGGAUUGCCGGUAUCUGAGUGGGUUGAAAGAGGAGAGAGAGAAUGCCGCGGAGGUUCUGAGAGAGGCUGGGUUGAACGAGGAGAAGGGGGUGAAGCUUGGUGGGAUCGAUAAGAAAAGGUUGAUAGACGAUGUGAGACAGGCAUUGUACGCGUCGAAGAUCUGUAGCUACGCGCAGGGGAUGAACCUUUUGAGGGCGAAGAGUGUGGAGAGAGGGUGGGAUUUGAAUUUGGGUGAAUUGGCGAGGAUUUGGAAAGGUGGGUGUAUUAUACGGGCUGUGUUCUUGGAUAGGAUCAAGAAGGCCUAUCAGAGGAACCCCAAUUUGGCGAAUUUGGUUGUGGACCCCGACUUUGCGAGGGAGAUGGUGCAGAGACAGGCUGCAUGGAGGAGGGUGGUGGGGCUGGCGAUAUCAGCCGGCAUUAGCACGCCAGGGAUGUGUGCCAGUCUUUCCUAUUUCGAUACAUAUAGACGGGCGCGACUGCCGGCGAACUUGGUGCAGGCACAGAGGGACUUGUUCGGGGCGCAUACCUAUGAGCGGAUUGAUCGACCAGGGUCGUUUCAUACCGAGUGGACGAAACUUGCUCGGAAUAGUGAUGCCGGUGUUGGUGCUUUCAGCUGAGCUUUUUUCACUAUUUGGUUGGUUACUUUCUUUGUUUGGAUCCUGGUGAUCCUGAAUUUUAUGUGGAUGCCAUUUGAAUUGGGAUUGUAUGCCUUGUUUUGGAUUCUCUGCUUGCUGGGAGCAAUUAUUGUUUAACCUUUGUUUUUUUGGGGGCUGUUAAUAAGAAAAUGCAUGCCUUCUGAGUUUUUGAGCUAAA